UGACGUUUUCUCCCUCGCAUGUUCGUUCAUCACACUGUUGUCGUGCUAAAGUGCAAAAAAAGCAUCGUAGAAUAUUUUCCAUCAGAUUUUUCAUGAAAAACCUCAUCGGAACGGCGCAACAUGUUAGUUACGGACGUCGGCGACGUUAAAGUGUACAAUCUCAGUGCCGGUAAAGCGUUACCAGAUUGGUUGUCCGACAAAAAGAAGAAAGAAUCACAGCGUAAAAAUGUGGACGUCAACAAACGCAUUGAGCUGAUUCAGGACUUCGAUAUGCCAUGUGUGGCUACCAGCGUCGAGUUGUCGCUCGACGGUCAGUACAUUUUGGCCACUGGAACGUACAAACCACGGGUGAAAUGCUACGAUGUAAACAAUCUGUCGCUAAAGUUCGAACGAUGUUUCGAUUCGGAAGUCGUCAAGUUCAAGGUGCUGAGUGACGAUUAUAGUAAAAUUGUUUUUAUGCAAGCGGAUCGUUUCGUGGAGUUUCAUGCGGCCCAUGGAAGGCACUACCGGUUGCGCAUUCCACGGUUUGGUCGGGAUUUGGAGUAUCACAAACCUUCCUGUGAUUUGUUUCUGGUAGGGGCAUCUUCGGAAAUCUACCGAUUGAACACUGAGAGGGGACAGUUUCUGCAGCCCUAUACCACAUCCGCUAGCAGUAUCAAUGCUUGUGAAGUCAAUCCUGAACACUAUCUUUUAAGCGUUGGAAGUCAAGAAGGAACUGUAGAGGCGUGGGAUCCACGAGAUAAAAAACGUUGCGGUGUGCUGGAUGUGGCGGUUAAUGUUAAAAACAGCGAAACAUUUCCUUCGGUUACGGCAAUCAAAUUUAAAAAUGGCUUGCACAUGGCAGUAGGAACAGCCUCCGGUCAUGUACUGUUGUACGACAUUCGAGCGAGAGAGCCAAUGUUGAUAAAAGACCACCUGAAUGACCUCAGCGUGAAAAAAAUUGGCUUCAACCAGGAAUAUGAUGCGGUUUACUCUUUGGAUAAUGCAAUGCUGAAAAUUUGGAAUGAACACACGGGAAAGCAGAUCGCUUACAUAGAAUCAAGCAGUAAUUUUAACGAUUUCACAACCUCACCUGGUAACGGGCUGUUCUUUUUCGCUCAGGAGGAUCCAAAAAUGCUGAGCUACUAUAUUCCGAGCCUUGGUCCAGCGCCCCGUUGGUGUUCUUUCUUGGAUAAUCUUACCGAGGAAAUUGAGUCGGAAACCGUACAGAACAUUUACGACGAUUACAAGUUCGUCACCAAGCAGGAACUCGGCGAUUUGGGUCUGGCCCAUCUCGAGGGAACCAGUAUGCUGCGUGCCUACAUGCACGGUUUCUUCAUCGACAUCCGGCUGUACAACAAAGCAAAGGCAAUUGUGGAUCCAUUUGCCUUUGAACGCUAUCGGAAGGAGAAAAUUGCCAAACAAAUCGAGGAGUCCAGGCCGGCACGCCUUCAACUCAAAUCUAAACUUCCAAAAGUUAAUGCUGAACUGGCCGAAAAACUGCAAACUGAACGUGAACUGGGAAGCGGUAAACUCAAAACCGCCGCCAGCGGACUUCUGGUUGACGACCGUUUCAAGAGUAUGUUUGAGAAUCCGGACUUUGAGGUUGAUAAGACAGCUCAUGCGUAUCGGCUGUUGAAUCCGGUGUUAACACGACUGGACAAGGCUCGCUCGAAGAAGAUGAAGGCGAUGGAAGAAGCUGAGCAGGCCGCUGCGGAACAAGCGACGCAGAUGGAAAGCGAGGGAGGCAGCACGGACGAGGAUCUUUUCAGCGAGAGAGAAGAAAGCUCCGAUGAUGAUCAAACCUGGACGAAGCAGGUUAAAAAAGAGUAUAAAAAAAUUCGUCAGGAAGAACGUCGACAGGUUGACGUUGAGGAGGACAAUUCCGAUGAGCCGGCGAUACAAGUUCAGGAGAAAGAAGAUUUCACCAUUGGCCAUCGUAAUAGUAAAAUAAGCAGAGCAGGUUUGGGUAAACGAUUGGCAGCAAGCAAACCGGUGGAGGUCAAAAUGAUUGGCGGCUUGGGCAAUUGCCAGAUGACCUUCAGCACUGGAAAAAAGAGAGCACAGGUGGACAGGAAACGGCAAACCGAGCUGCGAAAGCACAGGGAAGAACGCCGGCAGGUUAUUCGACCGACUACCAGCCUCGGGUUGAAGAAGCGGAUGCAGAAAAAGUAGUGCGAAAACAGUGGAAUUAAAUGCGAAUGUUGAUUUAGGAUUGGUUGCGCUAAUAAAGUUAUGUCAUUAGAUAUCGAA